UGAACAUGGCUGAGGAGAAAACUGUGCAGGAGCGUGAGUUUGAAGGCCUCCAGGGGAAGGUAGGGAGGCUGGAGAAGCUUUGUCGGGCGUUACAGAACGAACGCAACGAACUCAGCAAGAAGGUCCAGGGCCUGAGCGCCGGCCCCGAGGACGACACCAACYCAGGAGAUGAAUCCACCUCCCUCCCCCCCAUAGACUCCCAGGUGCCCAGCCUAGACCCCGACACCACCACCCCUAGUUCCCCCACACCCUGCUGCCACUUCAGCCCAGAGUUGGACACUGAGAACCAGGCCUGUGCAGAGGAAUGAAACCUCUCGCCUGGGCAACAACGCUCACACUCUCCUCUUCACCAACCAACUACCAGCCUGCAAGCCAAGCCACUACUAACGUAGGCGUUAAGAGUGUGGUUCUGUGUAAUUCCCUCAAGAAUAAGAUGAAGUUGUCCCCUAACCACAGAUCUAGGAUCAGCUUCUAUUUGGUCCAGCCUAACUUAAAAGUCAAUAGGGCGGUGCAAGAAAAUCUGAUCCUGGAUCUGCAGUCAGGUAGCAGCUUCUACUAACUCUGGUUCUCCCCUGGAGAGUUGAAGGUGAGGUCAGUCAGGGAAGAUUGUGCCGCCUUGAAGGUUCUUCUCCUGCGUUUUGGUUUUGGUCUUUUGUCCGUUCCUUUGAGAACUCCUGUACACAAUGUUCAUGUAAAUCACAAGCUAAAGAAAAUACUGCGCCCCAAAUGGCACCCUAUUCCCUACAUAGUGCCCUAUAUUUCACCAGAACCAUAUGGGAAUGGGAUGCGUUGGCACCCUAUUCCCUAAAUAGUGCCCUAUAUUUCACCAGAACCAUAUGGGAAUAGGCUGCGUCACAAUUGGCACCCGAUUCCCUACAUAGUGCCCUAUAUUUCACCAGAACCAUAUGGGAAUAGGAUGCGUCACAAUUGGCACCCUAUUCCCUACAUAGUGCCCUAUAUUUCACCAGAACCAUAUGGGAAUAGGUUGCGUCACAAUUGGCACCCUAUAUAGUGCCCUAUAUUUCACCAGAACCAUAUGGGAAUAGGCUGCGCCACAAUUGGCACCCUAUAUAGUGCCCUAUAUUUCACCAGAACCCUAGAUGUUGGACCAGAAGAGUAUUUAGUAGGUGUGUGCGUGUCUCCAUCUGUCUUUCUUUUAUGUGUUAGUGUCUGUCAUAUAGAGAGACAGUGAAGCUGCAGAUGUCUGGCCACAGUUAGACUUCAACCCAGAGCAUGUAGGGAUCACCUUUUCAGUUCAGAGAUCAGUGUGUAUAUCUCUAGGUUGGGGAUGUCACUUUCUUUCAWUUUGUUGUARAUAUCRUUGUUUAUCCCAGAACCAGAGRUCCAGAGURUUAAUGGAUUCAUUCUGUUGUAGAUAUYGUUGUUUAUCCCAGAACCAGAGAUCCGGAGUGUUAAUGGAUUCAUUCUGUUGUAGAUAUCGUUGUUUAUCCCAGAACCAGAGGUCCAGAGCGUUAGUGGAUUAUGUACGUAUUCUUUAGGAAUCUUGCACAAUCGGUGGAUCCACACAAAGUACUCUCAAACCAGGGGUGUGUAAUCUCUAGGAACCAACAGGGAAGGGACUAAACUGAACUUGUUUCAAUAAGAAACGUAUUUUCUGUUGCAAAAUGUUUCACUACGGUGUGCACUACUGAAUACACCCCAAGAAUAGCCUUGUGUUUUGGUUUGUUUCUUUAUAUCAUGUUACACAGCAGAGUUUGUAGACUGUUUUUCAUAUGUUAUUUUAACACCUCAUUCCCACAAUAUGCAUGUAUCCAUUCCACUAUAUAUAUUUUCAAAUGUCAUUUUACAACAUUUGAUCCGAUGGAAUGUUUUUUCAUGCUGCCUUUCCUUGCUAUCAUGACCAUGUAUAUGUUUAAGAUGUAAGAUUCCAUAACCACUGAAACAGAUAAUGAAAUGUACUGACCAAGGUGGCUACCAAUCAUUUCAUUCCUGUGUGUGGGUGAGUAAACGUAUCCUAGCAAGAUUGUUGAAUCACAACUCGGAUAGUUCGAUUUGUUAAUCAGGUGCAGUAAUACUGAUAUUGUAACUGAUAUUUCUAUGCAACCCCAGCCUCGCUAUUUAAUUUUGUGGCAGUUUGAUUUGACAAGAACUUAAUAACUGAGAAUGUAUUAUCCACUCCAGUCCUCACAUACUGUCCUGGGGUGUAUUCACUAAUAACCAAACGUUAGGAUUAGGAAACAGAAUGUAACCGGGAGGGAACUACCUGAAUUCAUCCAAUAGAAACUUGUUUUCGGUUGUAAAAGGGUUUGUGAAGGUGUACACGAAUGAAUACACCCCCAGACGUAAACACUCAGUUGACCUGAACCACAGAUCUAGGAUCAGAUUACUCUAGCCCAUUCCUAACCACAGAUCUAGGAUCAGAUUACUCUAGCCCAUUCCUAACCACAGAUCUAGGAUCAGAUUACUUUAGCCAAUUCCCUAACCCACAGAUCUAGGAUUAGAUUUACUCUUGUCCCAUUCCUAACCACAGAUCUAGGAUCAGAUUACUCUAGUCCAUUCCUAACCACAGAUCUAGGAUCAGAUUACUCUAGUCCAUUCCUAACCACAGAUCUAGGAUCAGAUUACUCUAGUCCAUUCCUAACCCUGACCAUUGGGAAGGUGAAACAACUGACMCUGUAUCAGUGGUUAGUGGCAGUGUCUACCUUCUCCUAUAUAAACCGUGUAGUGUUCAAGUUGACAUGGUUAUGACUCUGGUGCCAGUCAGUGUGUUACCCAUACUGUUUUAAAAAAGGAAGACAUAUUUUCUGUUCUGUACACUUGUUGAACGGGAAGUUUAUUUUCACUAUCAAGAGUUAUGUCAGAGGAAGAAUAGGUACGAUUAUUUCAAUGAAAGUCUGCAUAAAUUGUCUUUCUGUCGUGUACACUUGCUGUGUCUCCCAAGUUUCAGAUUGUAGCAUUGGUCCGGGUCAGGGUCCGGGGGCUGCAGUUUGAGGAAUGCAAUAUUCGUCUUCUAUCUUAUUUCUUUCAUAAUCACACAGUUUAAUCACAAGACAACACUUAUUUCCUUUGUCUCCUAAGACUGACUCACUGUAUCUUGAUCCUCGCUGGUUUUUAGAGAUUCAGCCAUGUUGAUCAAUAGUUGUGUUUCUAUUUUCCUAUACUUUUGUCUUAUCCUGUGUACUUAAUUACUUGCUCAUUAAAAUAUGUAUCUGUUAUGUGAA